CAAACCACGUCGGAGCGAAGAUGGCGGCGGCGGGUUUGAGUGCCGGGUGGCUGCGGAGCUGCUGCGCCCUGCUCAGGCGGAGUUUUCCGAUCCUGGCUGGCAUGAGGACUCGCUGUGUUUUAGGAUUGAAGGGACCAUGGAACAAGGUAGCAGCGUUGGGGCUUGGAGUAACUCUUUCCGCCAUUCCUAUUGCACAGAAACACGACCCGAGUUUGCUUAGCAACGAAGCCUUGAUCCGGCGAGCUGUCUCUUUGGUGACUGACAGCACCGGGACCCUGCUCUCCCAAACGACCUAUGCACUAAUUGAUGCUCUCACAGAGUACACAACGGCAGUUUACACACUGGUGUCGCUGUACCAGAAAUACACGCAGCUCCUUGGGAAAAUGAACUCCAAAGAGGAGGAUGCUAUCUGGCAGGUGAUCAUUGGGGCUAGAGUCGAGGUGACGACAAAGCAGCAAGCGUACCUGAAGCUCGAGUCCAGGUGGAGAACAGCCUUGCGCCUCUCCGAGAUGGCGGCAGAAGCUGCAUAUCAGUCCGGAGCGGAUCAAGCCUCGGUGUCGGCCCAAAACCAUAUUCAACUGGUGAAGACCCAGGUGCAAGAGAUGCGGCAGCUGUCGCAGAAGGCGGAGACCAAACUGGCCGAAGCUCAGACCGAAGAGCUUCUGAAGCUGAAAGAGGAGGACCCCUUGCUGCCUGCGGGUCAACAGGCUAGCAUUGAAGAGGCUGAAGAAGCUUACCUUCGCGAAGACUGAAGCAGGUUGAUUGCCUGCCUGCCUGCCUGGAGGAUCCCACCACUGCUUUGCCUGGUGGGUGGGGGAAAUUGUCCUGAUAAAGUUGAAAUACUGGGAUCGUAAGGUUAUUGGCAACCUUUCCUUUGUCGUGCCAGACUGGCCAGAAGCAGGCCCCCAAAUUUUGGGAGCUGUGCUUCUGAUCUGGAGGGAGAUAGUUUAUUUAAAUGCGGAAAUGUGAAAGUAGCUGGCUUCUGAUCUGGAGGGAAAUUGUUUAUUUAAAUGCGCAAAUGUGAAAGUAGCUGGCCGAUACCCGCAUUACUGCCUGUGGAGAUGUAUUAUUGGAACAACUAAUAGGAGUGAUUCAGUCACAUCCGUUGAACUCCCAGAUGUCUGGAGAUAAUUGUAGGUUUCAGUAAAUCCAAGAGGGCUGAGUCUUUUUAUAUCUGAAAACAUUUAGUUGCUUUGUGAAGGGAAUGAGGUAAUACUAAGGAUUAAUUGCCCUUGAAAAUCAAGACUGAGUUGCAUUUCCUAGCCAGGAAGAUUGAUUUAUCUUUUGUGGGUUUUUUUCUAAUUAUGUGAUGCACUGUUUGCACCCAAACUUGUUUUUAAAUAAAAGGUAACAAAAAAUUGAUCUUCAUCGUAACUAAAAAGACUUUC